AUGGCAAAGACUUUCACGUCUUUGACUUCGGCUUGCAAGAAGACUGGCUUUGCUGUCACACCUAUUGCUGCCUCAACCGCAUGGGUUACAUCCACAACAGUUUCAGGCGCCACGCCAACGCCAACCGGAUGUACAGGCACAAUGUAUACGAUUCGCAGUGGAGACACGUGUCAAUCGGUCGCUGCUGCCCGCGGCAUAAGUGUAGCUGGUCUUCUCACCGCCAACGGCCUUCAAGGCUUUUGCGCGAAUUUCCCGACCUCAGGGGCACUUUGCAUACCCACUAGUGGAAGGUGCAAGACAUACACCGUGAAGACCGGCGACACAUGUGCCAAGAUCGCUGAUGCAAACAAGAAGGCAUGGGUGCAAAUAGUCUCUUGGAAUCCGGUCCUUGGUAAGGAUUGCGGAAACUUGGGAAGCUACAUUGGGUAUCCGAUAUGUGUAUCUACUCCCGGUGAAGACUGGGUCAAUCCGAGCCCGGUACCCAGUACUUCGGAGGCGACCACACC